GACGUUGGUGCGUAAGAGAGAACGGGCCGACCCUUCUUUCGUCAUCGCGCCAGUCCCAAACGAGCCUCCGUGGUGAAUCGGCCCAGGCGCCGGUCUCUCGCGUGGACCACGAUUCGACAGGCGCGACCGCAAUAUUAGACGCCGGGGCGUCCUCUUUGUCGGCGCCCGACUCAUCUCGACACAUCACGCGGUUGUCGCCGGAGCCGCAGCGUGUCGCGCGGAGAGGCUUCUCAGUGACAGGGUUUCUAAGCAUAGCGUGGGAGGGCCAAAUAUGGCUAGCGCGAAUUCACAGGACGAAGACAGGCACGGCGACGAGGGCAUCAUGUCGAUUCCCGGCGCAAGCGACAGCAUCGACGCGGCCACCUUCGAGCAGAUCCUCGAGAUGGACGAGGACGAGGAAGAGAGGGAGUUCAGCAAGAGCAUCGUGUACGACUUCUUCACCCAGGCCGAGAGCACCUUUGGCAAGAUGGACUCGAACCUCGAGCAGAAAAACCUCCGCACCCUCUCCGAACUCGGUCACUUCCUCAAGGGUUCGUCCGCAACCCUCGGCCUCACAAAGGUGAAAGACUCGUGCGAGAAGAUCCAGCAUUUUGGCCAGAAGAAGGACGAGACGGGCACAAACGACAUCUCGGAGGAAGAGGGCCUCGCGAAGCUGAAGACGACGAUUGAGCAAGCGAAGCAGGAGUUCUACGAUGUCGAGAAGGUGCUCAAGAAGUUCUACAACGACGAAUCAUGAGGCGUGCGAGGGCCGAAACUGGAGCUCUAUCCUUGAGCGAUUGGGGAACCCUGCAGACACUGGCAGCACCUUUUCGGGGCUGCGGAGGUACGAUUGCUGAAUACGACGCGUAGAUGCAGCCCUCCAGCGCCCUGAAUAGCGCGUUUCUCACAAUAUGAUCACGAUGGCCAACUUCCUUUCCAUUCCCGAAGU